AUGAUGAAAAGAACAAUUUUUCUAUUGGUUCUUUUGAGCGCUUGCUGUUGUCGGUGAGUAGAUUCUGCUCUGUGGUUUCCUUCCUUCUUUUUAAUGUGGAAAUAACUUCUUUUAUAUUUCAGGUAAAUCGCAACUUUAAAAUUGUGUUUUAGGUAUAGCAAAAAAAAAGAAAGGAAAACCAGACCGUUGUUUUGAGAAGACAAGUAAUAUCGAUACGGACAAAGAUUUUUCUUACCAUAACACCUUUUUUACGUGGCAAUUUGACGGUAUUUGUUAUAGGAUGUGACCGACUUCCUUAAACAAACUGAUUGGUUGUUUCUAUUAUAUUCGUCUAACCAAGAGGAGUAGACUACGCAUAACGUCGCAGUCUCGGAAUUUAAGAACUUUCUAAUUUCUGAAUCAGUAUAGUCUAAUAAGAUUUUAAAAAAGUCUUCUUAAAAGCCCUAUAUGAUCUUUUAUUGGGGGUUUCUAUAAUUAUUAAAUGUUAUGCCGAUGUCCCUGUAAAACAUCUGCAUUUCAAUUAUGCGAUUCGGUUUUUCAAUUUUACACAUUUCUCGGCUAAAGAUAAUGUUAUACCCUUUGGUGAGUAAUUUUCUUUUACCAGUUGCGGUGAAUCGCGGAUGAUAUUUCAUCGAAAUAACUUGGUAUCUUAUUUGCCAACUGCUCUUGACUUCUUUUUCUUUUGCAUUUGUGAUACACUAGUUCAAAUUUGUCAUCUCUGUCUUUUUCCUUCUUUCCAAUAGUUUGUCCGUAGCUGGUAAUGGAGGUAAGAUUUUAAAUAAUUUUUGGUAAUAUAUCUUUUAAAUUUGCUUACUCUUUCUUCAAAUCUCUCUUUGUAAACCAGUUUUUAAUCAAUUCAAAUUGACAUAACAAAUAAAAAAAUCGGCAGCAGUUCAAUGAAGACCAUUGAUAUCAUUAUUAUUCGAUCCAGCUUUACGUCCUGGCUUACCGCGCAUUUUCCACGGUCAAAAACGUUUGUCCUUUUAAGACUGUACCUAGCCAAUCGGGAAACGUGACAAAACAGAAAUAAAAAAAGCAUUCGUGGAGUUUAUUAAAAUAAUAAUAUGAAUAAAGAAGUGCAUAUUGACAGGCACUUUUCCUACGCUACGGUUAUGUUUUUUGCCUAGUGCCACAAAAAAAAACAGUUGUUUUCGUGUCCCUAUGCAUUUCUAAUCAUUCACUUUUGAUUAAAGUAUUUUAAUACUUUUUAAAGUAUUAAAAAAUACGCUUCAUCAUUAUAACCUUGAUCUUUUGUUUUCUCCUGCUUAAACAAGUCCGUGUAGACAAUGGCUAUCAAACUUUGUUUCACAAAUUAAUUUAGAUCACUAAAUAAAAGGAUUGGUGUAUUGGUGUUGUCGCAAAACCUGAUAGUUGUAUUCGGUCGUUAAGUUUUUCAGCUGAGAUUAAUAAUGGUCGAUUCACGCGUAUCACUACUACGACCUUGAAGACGAAGAUGAUAGAAAACAGAAGACAGAAAAGAAAAAAUCAAAACCAGGGAACUCAGUAAAACGGUAAACCGCUACAAGGCGUUUUCGAAGUCAGCUCAACACAUUACCUAUAUUUUUUUUGCUUGCCAACCAGCAGGCUCUUGUCCACGAUUUGAUGUACAAGUCUAUUUUAAGUUCGAUCAGCCCGUUUAAGUAGCUUCGGGAACUGAAAAGAGGGUAACCGGUCAUUUCUCCCACAAGUCGCCUGAUUUCGCCCCGGUUUCUUUUAAAGCGCCUAUUUUCGAGUCAUUUAGCGCGUAUCAAAUGUAAUUAUGUUUUUCGUUUCAUAACCCAGAAAGCAAAACAACUGCGCGCUUCAAAUGUAAUAUUCCUCUUUCUUUNAAAAAAAAAACAGUUGUUUUCGUGUCCCUAUGCAUUUCUAAUCAUUCACUUUUGAUUAAAGUAUUUUAAUACUUUUUAAAGUAUUAAAAAAUACGCUUCAUCAUUAUAACCUUGAUCUUUUGUUUUCUCCUGCUUAAACAAGUCCGUGUAGACAAUGGCUAUCAAACUUUGUUUCACAAAUUAAUUUAGAUCACUAAAUAAAAGGAUUGGUGUAUUGGUGUUGUCGCAAAACCUGAUAGUUGUAUUCGGUCGUUAAGUUUUUCAGCUGAGAUUAAUAAUGGUCGAUUCACGCGUAUCACUACUACGACCUUGAAGACGAAGAUGAUAGAAAACAGAAGACAGAAAAGAAAAAAUCAAAACCAGGGAACUCAGUAAAACGGUAAACCGCUACAAGGCGUUUUCGAAGUCAGCUCAACACAUUACCUAUAUUUUUUUUGCUUGCCAACCAGCAGGCUCUUGUCCACGAUUUGAUGUACAAGUCUAUUUUAAGUUCGAUCAGCCCGUUUAAGUAGCUUCGGGAACUGAAAAGAGGGUAACCGGUCAUUUCUCCCACAAGUCGCCUGAUUUCGCCCCGGUUUCUUUUAAAGCGCCUAUUUUCGAGUCAUUUAGCGCGUAUCAAAUGUAAUUAUGUUUUUCGUUUCAUAACCCAGAAAGCAAAACAACUGCGCGCUUCAAAUGUAAUAUUCCUCUUUCUUUAAGCCAUAAAACCAAAACAAGCAAGCUUCAAAUACAAUAUUCCUCGUUCUUGAAAAGGGGGCUAAGUAACCGGAGCGAAAUGACUUAUGAUCAGAUCGAUCGAUGCAUUUGAUCGGCCAAAAAUGUUUCUUAACUGACCAGAGCUUCGAGAACUUCCCAGUAAUGCAUUCCAUCUCCUCACUUUCCAAAGCCGAUUCAGUUCGGCUGAAGAGGAACACAAGGUAGUUUCUUACCAUGCAUUGGCCUUUUGACGAGCGAGUAAAAGAAGACAAAUGUAGCAAUGUGUCUAAAAAAAAUUAUUAUUAAUAGUAAGAGAUAUUUCAAAAUUAUGAAAUUAUGUACUAUAACAGGAGCCCUUACGGGCUCCUGACAAUGACGAUGUGUAUGCCAUGAAAUGAAAGGAAUUAGCUAACCUCUAAUCUCAAGGUCUCUUAGAAUUGAGAAUUGGAUGGCUUGUGGGGAUAGCCAGCGUAGAAAAAUGGCCAUCAUUGCCCCGCAAUUUAGACAAAACUACGAGAGUUGAAGGAAGAAAUAAAAAUGCUGCAAAACCGGGCCGUAAAAAAGUUGAGAAAAGUGGUCAAAAGUGAAGAUUUCUUUCCUUUUUUACCGCGCCACAGAGAUGAUGCAUUUUAUGUUAGCGCUUUGUAACGUAUUUCAAUAUAAUGAUUUCGAAAUUAUUUACCUCUGCAUCUGAGCCUUUUGUUGGUUUGGUUUUUUUUUUGGAAGGGAUUGUAUCAGAGUGAAGGUGGUUUCUCCUCUCCAUUCGCCUUCAAACAACGAUCGCUUCGACUAAUAUAAUUUAACUCGCCUCGAGGGAUGUUGAUACCAAACACUCAUGUGCUUUUCAUGGACAUACCGUUACCUCAUUUCCGAGAAACCGCCUUCGCUGUGACGCAAAUGCCUUCCAAAUUGACGAUAACGGGACAGAAACACAAGUUGCAUUGAUAUGAACAAGCCGCCAACCACACAGGCCAGUAAGAAUUAUCCCUGGAUUAUCUGACCAAGCUUUCAAAAGUAUAACCCUUCUAAUAUUCACCUAAUUUGUUUAAUUGUUUUGUUUGUUUGUUUUUUUGGCAGCUAUGUGCAACAUGAAAACAUCGGACGGCAAGUGCUGCGUUUUUCCUUUCGUCUAUAGAGGACAAACAUUCAAUGCGUGUACAUCCUCCAGAGCAAGCCGACUUUGGUGCAGCCUCUCCCCUAGUUACGACGAGGAUAGAAAAUAUGGAUGGUGUAGAGGUGGGCCAUUCUAUAUAUAGUCUGGUCGUGUUUGAUAGUUAAGGUGGCUCGAUAGGGUUUUUCAGGGCGACUACCCCCCCAAGUUUGAGUAUAAACUGCGUCGCCAUUAACCAUUAAGAUUUGAAAAAAUUACCACCACAGCUGUAUAGUAGAUAAAGAUGAAAAUUUGUUGUGAUCAAGGUUACAAUAACAUCAUAGCAACGAAAUGACGCCAUUUCCUAUUUUACUUGCAGCCGUAUUUCUCGGCACUGGGAACCGUUCUUCGAAAAUCGUUAACGGGAACCUUUUCCUGCAAAAGCCGCCUCGAUGUUCGAAAAGUUUAAGCGAAAUCAGUAAAAGCGUUACCGAGAUAUUUUUGGAUGAAGUUAUUAUGGCUAGAAAUACAGUGAAAACUGGACAAUGUUUAGCCGUUAUCUGUAGAAAAUGUAACGAAGUAUGUAUAUGACUGACAUUUCGAAUGUAUUUAUGACUAUCAUUUCUGGCAUCAGCCUUUAUUGAUAAAGUAUGCUAAAUAAGGCUCAGAAAAAUAUUCAGAGCAAAAGUCCCUAGCUAGAAAGUCCAGGAAAAUAGACCUCUGAAAUUGUUUUGGAAUCGAACACGAAUCACUGUGAGGUAAAACGAGUCUCCAAUUCGAAUUUCGUGACAAGUAAUUUUAGCGUUUGCUCAUACUUCAACCAAAGGCGAUUGCUGUAAAAAAAUAAAAAAAUAAAAAAAAAAUUACCUGCAGUAAAAUCGAUUAUCAUUAUUGUCGUCGUCGUUGUCGUUGUCAUCAUCGCCAUCCUCAUCAUCACCACCUCAUCAUCAUUUAUACAGAUUUUAUUUGAAGAUAUUCAUCCGAAGAUAGCUGAUAUUUCUCCAGUCAUACGUUUUCCUAUUCUUGCUAUCAUUUUAUGUUAUUUCGAUUUAUUUAGCGGUGAACUUCUUCACCAUUUUAGAUCGAAGCUAAUCACCAAAAACUGAGAAAUGUUUUAAAUGAAUGAUAAUUGUGAGUUAUAAGUUCUCCUUUUGUGCUACGUUUAAUAAUUGUGAGAAAACUAGAAAUAAACAGCGAUCUUUUGUUACCAUUCUAUUCUUUCAUUUUUGCCUCGAAGCAUUCAGAGCAUCAUUUUUUAAAAAUUGGCUCACUUUAUCUGUUUACAUCCAGAAGGUCAUGAUAACCCUAUGUGCGUGUAAAUAUAACAAUAUUAAUUGCAAACUGUAAUCGAAGGGAUAUAACAGGAGGACUGUUAAAUAAUUACAGGAAUGGAAGGAAAGAUUAGUGGAGACGACCACACUUGGGUAUAUGCCAACGGAAGAUACAUGGGAAAAGAUAACGGGAGGUGGAAUGUUCCCACAAGGUAACAAAAUAAAACGCUGCUUUAAACUCUUAUGUGAAAAAUCGCCGCCAUUAAGGACUCCAAGGUUUAUAUAGGCCAAACGUCGAACUUUUCAUAAGACAAACCAAACUUAUCGAGUCAAGUUCAUGAAAAGUUCGACGUCUGGCUCAUCAGUUUAGUUCGUCUGAAUAAGUUUGGAUCGUCCAACACGUUUUAUCCGUCUGUUUCAGAAGGAUUGGACGUCGGAAGAUCGUCUCCGGGACAAACGCUGUCGAUCUUCACAUGCGACGAACUAACCUUAGUCUAAUAAACUAUUAAUCUGUAUGAUAAUUUAUGUUUAGCCCAGUGCAGGAGAAAAUUCAUUAAAAACGCAAGUUUGGUCUGAUUUAUUUGACUGGUUCGACGCGUCCUAAGUUCGACGUCUGACCCAACAGACGGUCUUAACUUAAUUUAGGUCGACUCAAAUUAGACUUUGGUACGUCUCAUGAAAAGUUCGACGUUUGUCCUAGGCCUAAGACUCACUAUCGCGUGGGAAGUCAAACUCUCGUCCUUUUCUUUCAUGUCGACACAGGCUUCCCCGUUGCUGCCUUACUUUCUUCUAAGUGCCCUCUUCCCAUUGCGCUCAUGAUAAGGAUCUAUGAGGACCAGUUUCGUUUUCUGGCAAAGAAAGACAGCCCCGUCUCUUUUUAACUCGAAACUUUCAAUAUUUCAAAGUUUUCUAUGUAAAGUUUUUUUUUCUCUGAGAUAACCAAGUGUAAGUUUGAAACAUGUUAAAUUGUGUCAACUUUGAAAAUAUAAUUCCACCACAGCUUCUACUUCUCUGCCGACAUUCAAGUUGUUGCUGUCUACGUAAAAAACGUUGGUGGUUCAGGUGGUCUUAUUGCGUCUUUUGGGAACGGCGUCGUUACUGACAGCACAUGGAAAUGUACUACUCAAGGCAUAAGAAACUGGGAAAAAGUCGGAUUUGACGACAACAAUUGGCCGGCGGCCAAAGUACACAGCGGUAACAGUGGUAAUGGAAGAGUGUAUGGAAUCGCAAGCGAAGCAAAGUGGAUUGGUCCGAGCCUGCUAAACGCCGCUAACAUUUACUGCAGGCGCCGUAUGAGUAUCUCCACGGGGCAGAAACCCGCCGUUGAGGGACGUAAGUCAUUUGUAUGCAUUUUUUUGUUUCUUUGUUUAUAGUGGAAAGUGCACUUAGCUUACCAAGCUAGUUUGCAGACACUCCACUCAAGUAAUCCUGAAACAAAUGAUGCAAAUAGAACAUAACAUUGAGGGUUGUGAGUAAAUAGUGCACAAAUUAAAGUAUUACCAAGAUUUCUUGGUUGAGAAAAACUUUUAGAGAUUGAGUUUUGCCCAUUGCAAAUCACAUUAUAUAAGUUUUAGGAUGCUUACAAAAAAAGCAGAACUGGCCCACUGCAUAGGUCAUUCAAGAAAGAAAAUGAAUGGGCUGUUUUCGAAACUGUACGCCACGAUCCACCACCUGACUGUAAUGCAAAUUUUUUAUCAAGGUACAGUCCUGAAUUCUGCUAUAAACUGUAAGUAAAAAAAGAUCUGUUUACCCAUAACAGGGGGUAGUUUCGGUCAAUAAAAUACAGUCCUAUUUUUGGGGGGUCUAGUUUAGCUCCCCUGAACAGGGCCGAUACAGUCCAAUUAGCUAGACUAAAGGCUGAUUUAGUCCCACAGGCUGAAAUGAGUCCCAUCGUGGUCUGCAAUAGGCAUUUGAUGGGGCUGUCUUAGCUUAUUAUGCUUAAAUGACAUCGAGAGAGGCUGAAUCUGAUUUCGCAGAUGAGAUGCAGGGCUUCUUAAAUUGGCACUUUAGGGCUGAAACAGAUCUUUUUGAUUGACAGUGCGGUAUAAUAAGGGGUCCUUUUCAUGAUUUUCUCAUGACCAAUGUAGCGUGCGAUAAGCCACUUGGACUACAGAGUGGAUGGGUGGAAAAUAGUCAAAUGACAGCGUCAACUGUGUGGGAUUGGAAACACGCAGCUUGGAGAGGAAGACUGCACAUGCCAAAACAGGGGACUUUUCGGGGAUCGUGGUCAGCAAAGUACAACAAUCAAGACCAAUGGCUUCAGGUUUGUGAAAUGACCAUACUAGAGAGCUUAGGCAACGACGACGGAGACGGCCUCGAGAACGGCAGAAAAGCAAUACAUAUGUAGUUUCAGAUUAGCAAAACAACAACUUUGCACGUGCAUAACGCUUUUUUGUAAAUUUCUUUGCCGUCACUGCACAACUACGACGUGAAACGUUCUAAUUUCACGUUUUAUGGAGGAGUGAGCGCAAGACAAAUAUUUUCUCUUUCUUUUUGUGAUCUUAGAUACAGUCCUUCAAAAUUCAACUCCUGAAGAAAUUGCCAGCAUUUGACAAAUAAAAAGAGUUAGAAUGAGAGCGAUGAAGUUUGAAACAGCGCGAAUUCUCUGUUUUGGUGACAUUUUUGUUGCCGUUACCUUCGUCGUUGCUUAACCUCACUAUUACUCAAAUACUGAGGCAUGGAUCAACAACUAUAUUAAUUGUAGGUGUUCCGGCCUACUGUUAACGCACCAUUAUAGCACUGUUACAACACGAAACUUUCAUUUUUCCUAGGUGUCUUUUAAUCGCCCAAUGAAGUUCACAGCCAUUGCUACACAAGGGCGUCAAGACUAUUCUCAAUGGGUUACUAGCUAUAGCUUAUCCUACAGCGAAGAUGGCACAAAAUACACAAUUUACAGUGUUGGUGGACAUCAAAAGGUUUGUAUGACAAUGUAAAAAUACGGGCUGCUUGCCCGGCCUUUCAUGAAUUCACUGCAAGCCAUCAAUACUUAGUAAAGGAAGCUACACGAGUUCAAUAAAACGACUGCUUUUCUUUCAAGUUAACCCCUGAGAAAUUUUACAAUGCCAGCUGAAAAAAUGUCGAAUUACUAACUUGGGUGUGAAAAAGCAUAUUUAACUAACUGUACUUUUCUAUGAUUGACCUAAAGGUCGCCUUAACGUUCAUUCGUUUUGUUUGCUGACUUUAAUGUUUUGAUUUAUUUAGCAGUAAUUGAAUACAGCAGAACAUUUCAGCUAAUGGCGGAUAUAUAAUACCCUCCGGCAUCUGCAUUAAUCAUUUUAAAAUAUAUUUAAAAUUUAUCCAAUCCUAAAAACGUGUUUACCUCUGAAAUGUCCCGCACCUUCAAAACAUUUGCCCUUCCCUCGGCAUGUUCAGGAUAAGAAUUAUGAAGAAGUCCAAGCUUAUAUUUUUAAGCCGUCGUCAUUCGUAGAGUUCUAUUUUCGUCUUUUCUUGCUAUGCUUUUGUGUCUGUAGUUUGACUUGCUAUUUCAUCAUACCCUAACGUGCAGGUGCAAUCGGUCGCCAUUCUCUCCAACCGCCUGAACUGUUGGCCCAUUAUGAACUAUGUUCAUUUUUUCCGCCGAUAUCAGCACGAUAGGAGUCAAAUGUGUUGAAAUUGGCGAACAUUUUUUUUAAGGGCCUGUUUACAUGGAGGUGGGGGGACCCCAGGUAGGUGAGGUAACAUAUGGCGGGUCACCCCGCCUAACAUGUAAACGUGAUCACAUUAAAAUGAGAUAUUAUUUGGACAGGCGGGCUACCUCACCUAUCUGGGUGCCCCACAUCCAUGUAAACAGGCCCUAAAAUUUGGUCAACGAUAGCUGGGCGAUUUUUGUUACCAAACUGAACGGGGGCAGUAACUUUGAAUGCAGUAUUAUGAUAUUAAACGAGAUUUUUUAACGAUACCAGGAUUUUUGUGCCAUACUACUACAUGAAAAAUUUCUGCAAUUUGAUAGGCUUAGAGUAGUGUUAUUUCAGCUCAAUUUGAAAUACCUACAAGUGAAAAUUACAAACCUUUUGCAAGUAGUAGUAUAAACAAAUAAUAGCAUGAUUUGUACGUGAUAUUUUGCAAGUAAAUAUGACUCGUGAUAUUUCAAAAUUGUCCCACAUUUUACUCGCCUUAUACUACUACAUGAGAAAUUUCUACAUAAGAGCAGUGGUAUUUCAGCUUAAUUUGAAAUACAUACAUGUGAAAAUUACAAAAUUGUUGCCGGUAGUAGUAUAAAUAAAUAAUAGCAUGAUUCGUACGCGGUAUUUGGCAUAAAUACCACUCGUGAUAUUUCAAAAUUGUCUCAAAUUACGUAUAAAAAUUUCGAAAUAUCACUCGUGGUAUUUAUGCCAAAUAUCACUACAAAUCAUGCUAUUACCUAUACUAAUAUCUAUAUACAUUUUUAGGUUUUCAGUGCAAACAGGGACAGAAAUUCAGUAGUUAAACACAGUAUUACACCAAAUAUUGAAGCUCGAUGUUUGCGACUUCAUCCAAAAACCUGGCAGGCAGGAAUUUCAAUGAGAAUGGAGCUUUACGGUUGUUUAAAGGGUAAGAAGUACACAUUAAGUUAGGAAAUACACGGUAAAUGAUAAAUCCAAUGAUGUAAGUUACGCCGAACGUUUUAUGAUAAGACGAACCAAAUUGCCAUUGGGGUCGACUUUAUUUUGAAAAAAAAAUUUUCAGCCCCUCGGGGCCUCAGUUUGGUCUAAGAAUAAAGUGGGGGAUGGGCGGGUCCCCGGGCACUUCCCCUGGAUCUUCCACUGAGUUCGACUGCUGGAUUAAACGUCCAACUUAUUUCCUGAGCUUCGAGCUAAGUUAAGAAAAAACAAACGGUAGAACCCGGUUAAAACGACAGUUUUUGUUCGUUCGUUUGGUUCUCCCGACGAACUACUUGUUUUUGUUGUUGUUGUUGUUAAUUUAACUGCGAUAGCUCUACACAGUCUGUUCGUUUGGAGUGGACAGAUAAAAAAGUGUUUGUCUAUCCAAACUCAGUCAUACAAACGUAAUCUGAGACAGUCGUUGAACCUAUCAAAAACGUCACUCUCUCAGUUUGGUUCGUUGCAUCAAAACGUUAAUUCGACGCUUUGCCUUGGCCUAAUUUUGAUUUGCGGCAGGAAAGAAGUAGCUACUCGUCUGCACUGGGAACGAGGAUACGUAAGACACAGAUUAUUUUAAAAUGAGUGACACAUACGUUUCCAAAAAAUUGUGGAACAUUCUGUUACAAACGUUAUUGACUAUGAGCUAUCUUGCAAGGCUCAACUGGAUGGUCCUGUUCAAACUCAUGUGGAUUGAAACUGUUUUCUAGGUAAAGAGUCGCUCCAUGCAAGGUAAUCCGAUGACAGUCUUGGAUUCCGGAUUGCGGGUACUGGACUCCGGACUCCAACCGUUCGCCGCAUUCUGGAUCACCUGGAUCCGAAUUGCGUUUUCCAAAGUCCAGGAUUUUGGAUUCCACAAGAAAGAAUUCUCGGAUUCCGGAAUCCGGAAUACCUUUUAUUGGAGCAAAAAGUUUUAUUUUAGCUUUAAAAGAGUUGUUCUCUGCAACCUACAAAACUGUUAAUACAAAUGUGACACUUUUUCAGCAUGCAAAGUAGACGUUGGUAUUCUGAUGGACGAGUCUGGCAGUGUGAGCAAGGCUGAUUUUGAACAACAGAAGAACUUCGUAAAAGCCUUGGCUGGUCACUUUCAAUUUGGUCCCAGCGCUUCCCAAUUUGGUGUUAUUACUUUCAGCACAAACGCAAAGCUGGAUAUUACACUUAACAGAUACAAAGACGCUGCCUCCUUUCAAAGAGGGGUAAAUACCAUCUCUCAUGAAGGUAUAUUAUAUGAAAUUACUUGUAUAUAGUGCCACCUCUCAUUCAUUUCAAAUUUAGCUCUGUCUCAAGCGUAAAGAUUUACAAAGUUGAACCAAAAUCCACAGCCAUAAAGUUUAAGAAGAAGGCAAAUGAGACGAGUAUAAGCGUUGGUUAUCAUUGUCUUAAAAAAUAUGUGUCUGGAGAGAUUAUCAUUGUACGCAUUAAGGCAAAGUUUCCCUUUUUUCUUAGUCAUGUUAAGGCCCUGAGAACUUGUGUGGUCCUCGGAAUCGAACCUGUAACAUCUCGUUCUGCAUUCCAGCGUUAUGAGCUAAACCUGCCCUUCAGUGGAAGUGUAAACUACAGGUUCCCUUGCCCAUCUUUAGAAUAACAAAUAAACUUCAUUUCCCGUUUACAAGUUUUUUGGUUGAUUACGCUGGACAAAACAAGUCUAAUUAAACUUUUUUUUUGCAGGUGGUUGGACAUACACUGGCAAAGCCUUAAAUCUAGCCUACAAACAGCUGUUCACGGCGGCCAAGGGUGCACGUGCAAAGGUAGCCAAGGUAAAUCACCACACUUGCAUGGUCAGACCAUUGCACCGCUGGCAUGGUCUGAACAUUGCACCACUUUCAUGGUCUGACCACUGCACCUCUAAUGCAUGGUCUGAUCACAGCACUGUGUUGAUGAUCUGUCCAUUGCACCACUUGUAUGAUCUGACCAUUGUAUCACUUGUAUGGUCUGACCACUGCACCUCUAAUGGAUGGUCUGACCACAGCACUGUGUUGAUGAUCUGUCCAUUGCACCACUUGUAUGAUCUGACCAUUGCAUCACUUGUAUGGUCUGACCACUGCACCUCUUAUGUAUGGUCUGAUCACUGCACCGCUUGUAUAGUCUGACCACCGCACCGCAUUUAUGAUCUCACCAUUGUACCACUUGUAUGGCCUGACCAUUGCACCACUUUUAUGACCUGACCACCGCACCUCAUGUGUGUUCUGACCAAUGCACCACUUAUAUCGCAUGACCACCGCAUCACUUGUAUUGUCUGACCAUUGAAUCACUUGAGCCAUUCCUCAGCACACCGAGUUUUAAUGAAGCCAAAUCGCAUUUAAAGGUAUUUUAACUUAAACAGACGUCAACAGAAUACUUAAAGAAAAAUUUACUAACAGAACCAUAUAUGUUUAUCUAAUAGGUUUUGAUCAUUGUCACAGAUGGACAGAGCACUGGCGGAAUGCAAACUCUAAAAGCACCGAUAAAGCUGCUUAAGGAUUCUUCGGUGAAUAUCAUCUCCAUUGGUGUCGGAAGCAAAACAAAUCAGAAUGAGCUAAAAUUCAUGGCCUCGUCGCCUGACAACACCCACGUGUUCUCAGUCCAAAAUAUGAAUCAGUUGCAGACUCUGAUUAGCUCGAUUACGGCUUCGUCCUGCACAAGUAAGCUGGUUGUGGGAUAACGCACAUGACCCCAUAAACGUAGUGCAUAGGCAGUAUCAGAAAAUAACUUGUUACUACCUACAAAAAUGCCUUUUUAGCACAGCUCAGACUUCAUAUGCCCUUUCUUGUUAGUAUAAGAUGGAUGGUUGGUUUGCUAACUCGAAGUGCCCUGCCCUAAAAAAAGCAACCGAUUAAUAACCGAAAUUCGCUGGUCACAUCAAAUGCUUUGGGUCCAACGCCAUGCCAGUAAACUAAGAAAUGCAGUGUAAAAGAAAGUAACUAGGAGAAUGUUCAACAAAAAAAUAAUAAACAAAAGUGCGUCUUGUGGUUUGGGUUCCCCUACAGCCGUUUCGGGCCUGGCCCUUCAUCAGUGGAGUUACAAGUAAAAGAAAGGAAGUGGACUCUUACUUACUCUUUCCAAUGCGUGAUAUGCGAUAUACCUGGCGAUGUAUACCUGAAAAUUUGAAGUUAAGUCCAUACGUUAUAUUUUCUUACUUUUCUGUUUGUUUGUUUGUUUGUUUGUUUGUAUAGAGCAACAAUGGUGGAACAAUGUAAUAACAAUUUGAAACAUUUCUCAAAAUAUCUGUUGCCCUUGAAAAUCACCGUUGUGAAUUUUUCCUGUGUAAUAUCGCCCGUACAAUGUUUAUCACUAAUUUUGUCGAUGUUCGUAUUCCUGAUGUCCUGCUCGUUCAAAUACCCGAUUGCUCCCAUUUUCUUUGUGUAAAGUACAAACAGCAGCAGAAAAAUCAGCCGAUAAAUAGCAUGUCGCAUGUUAUUAAUAGCUCUCUUAAACAAGAUACAAUCUGCAAUACCCGUGCCUAAGUCAAAUCAUGUUGAUGUCUUCAUAGCAUACAAUUGUCGCUUCGUGACGUGUGACUAUAGUAAAUGGAGUGCUUGGUCUGCCACAUGUGGUACAGGAAUGAGACGCGCGCGGAACCUGGUAAAGGUCAAUGAGCAUUAUAUCAAAAAGCAGGGUGGCUGCUCAGGGCUUAAAGUCACCUGCGACAGACAAGAAACAGAAACGAGAACAACUACAAACUGUAAGUUCAAUAUGUGUAUAGGCAUUCCUAUUGUGGCUUGCUAAGGCGUUCAAUAGGAAUUUAUGCAGUGGAGUAGACGUAUAUUUAUAAGUGCUAGUAAUAUUAAUAUAAUAUUAUGGAGUAUUGUAUUGCGCCCGAGUGGCUGCAUAAAUUUGGCUCUUGAAUUUUAUCCAAUUUUUAUCCUCCAUUCGUCUUCUUAAAGAGUUUUAUUAUAUCCACCUUAUUCUUAACUACUUCAAGUUUGCGGGUAUGUUGAUGUAUACGAGAAAUUUCGUUUUUUCACUGCGGAAUUGCAGGAAAUCGAUAAGCAAAGACCUCGGUCACGGACUAAUGCAGCGGCCCUUGUCAAGGCAAGUAUGGUUAACUCUUAAGAAUCUCAACUUGCUCGCUCCGAGGAGAGGACAACGUGGGAGAAACCACCAAAGACGUCUAAACGAUAGACCUAUCAUUGUUAUUAUUCGUGGAGAGCGUCAGCAAAACUUCCAAGAGAAACGGCGUGGUGCAAACCAAAGUAACUUAUUAAAUAUUCCAGUCGACAUCUUUGCACCGCUAAGACAACCUCUCAUGGGACCUUACAUUCAACAAUCCAUAGAAAUAAUUCUCAGAAAUCAAAAGUAACUGUGGCACACUUAAACGUACGAUCGUUGAAGACAAGAGAGCAUUUGAUUCAAGUGAGAAAUUUAAUGGAUGAAAAGAAGUAUGCAAUCUUGGCAAUUUCAGAAUCUUGGCUAAAUUCAAGUGUAAAGAAUGCUGAGGUCGAAAGUGACGGAUACAGUUUGUCAAGACUGGACAGGCCGAGAAACAUGAAGAAUGAGUUUGGUGGUGGGGUGUCCGCGUACAUGCGCAAGACCUUGAAGUCUAAGGUACUUAAAGACCUAUCCGGAAUAUCAGACACCGGUUUUCACCAAUUAUGGAUGCAAGUUCAGCACAAAACGCUCAAGUCAUUUUUGCUGUGCGUCACUUACAAGCCUCCUGAUUGUAAUGUUGCCUGCUUUGAAGAUUUCAGGGACCGCUAUACGCAAGCGCUUCAACACCCACGUGUUCUCAGUCCAAAAUAUGAAUCAGUUGCAGACUCUGAUUAGCUCGAUUACGGCUUCGUCCUGCACAAGUAAGCUGGUUGUGGGAUAACGCACAUGACCCCAUAAAAGUAGUGCAUAGGCAGUAUCAGAAAAUAAUUAACUUGUUAUUACCUACAAAAAUGCCUUCUUAGCACAGCUCAGACUUCAAAUGCCCUUUCUUGUUAGUAUAAGAUGGAUGGUUGGUUUGCUCAUUCGAAGUGCCCUGCCCUAAAAAAAGCAACCGAUUAAUAACCGAAUUUCGCCGGUAACAUCAAAUACUUUGGGUCCAACGCCAUGCCAGUAAACUAAGAAAUACAGUGUAAAAGAAAGUAAGUAAGAGAAUGUUCAAAAAAAAAAUAAAUAAAUAAAAGUGCGUCUUGUGGUUUGGGUUCCCCUCCAGCCGUUUCGGGCCUGGCCCUUUAUCAGUGGAGGUACAAGUAAAAGAAAGGAGGUGGACUCUUACUUACUCUUUCCAAUGCGUGAUAUGCUAUAUACCUGGCGAUGUAUACCUGAAAAUUUGAAGUUAAGUUCAUACGUUAUAUUUUCUUACUUUUCUGUUUGUUUGUUUGUCUGUUUGUAUAGGGCAACAAUGUUGGAACAAUGUAAUAACAAUUUGACACAUUUGUCAAAAUAUCUGUUGCCCUUGAAAAUCACCGUUGUGGAUUUUUUCCUGUGUAAUAUCGCCCUUAAGAUUUUUAUCACUAAUUUUGCCGAUGUUCUUAUUCCUGAUGUCCUGCUCGUUCAAAUACCCGAUUAUUCCCAUUUUCUUUGUGUAAAGUACAGACAGCAGCAGAAAAAUCAGCCGAUAAAUAGCAUGUCGCAUUUUAUUAAUGGCUCUCUUAAAGAAGAUACAAUCUGAAAUACCCGUGCCUAAGUCAAAUCAUGUUGAUGCCUUCAUAGCAUACAAUUGUCGCUUUGUUACGUGUGACUAUGGUCAAUGGAGUGCUUGGUCUGCCACAUGUGGCACAGGAAUGACACGCGCGCGGAACCUGGUAAAGGUCAAUGAGCAUUAUAUCAAAAAGCAGGGUGGCUGCUCAGGGCUUAAAGUCACCUGCGACAGACAAGAAACAGAAACGAGAACAACUACAAACUGUAAGUUCAACAUUUUUAUAGGCGUUCCCAUUGUGGUUUGCUAAGGCGUUCAAUGGGAAUUUAUGCAGUGGGGUAGACGUGUAUUUAUAAGUGCUAGUAAUAUUCUGAUUAGGAACGUUCGGAGUUUUUAUUUAUUUAUUUUUUCUCUCUCUGACAUUCUUCACCACGCGAGUAAAAUUGAAAGCGUGACAGACUUGUAUUCAGAUCUUUGCUUUUCCGUUCCUGUACUUGAUGGCACCCGUUUGAGAUAUUGGUCUCUACCUUUCCCAUUUCACUUUUCUACUUCGGAUCCUAACCUUAUAAACCUAAAAGAGAAUCCGAAUCAACGCAAGGUUGUGGAUGAGAUUGGGGAUGGAUGGUUAACGUUUUGGUUAGUGAUCACUAAUCUUUUCCUAAAGAAAAUAAAAAACAAGGAAGUUUUCAGCAUCAAAUUUAUCGUAUAUUUUCAGUUGAAAAAGAAGUUUAGGACAGCCUACACUGUCAAAUCGUGAAGGAAGGUUGUUUCCAUUUCUUUUUGUGAAGCGUGCAGUUAAAUUGAUGCAGUUGUCAUUUGACCUCAUCUACGGCCUGAUAAAAUGUUUAGUGGGUUCAGUAGAGGGUAGGUAAAGGCGCACUCGAGCCAAAGGCCCAAACGGCCGGAUCUCGAGCUUAUCCCGGUUUCGGUAGCAUGCAGCACCUAGGAGUAUUGCUACUCCCCCCUGGACUGGAUGCUAAUCCAUCGCACGGUUACUCCCCAGCAGUAUGUCGCCGGUAUCCAUUUAUACACCUGGGUGAAGAGAGACAAAGUGGAGUAAAGUUCCUUGUCUAAGGAAACAACGCGACGGGCGAGGCUCGAACCCCGGACCUCCAGAUCCGGAGUUCGAGGUGUGAACCACUCGGCCACACACGCCUUUGCGUUCAAUAAAAUUGAUAAUAAAAGAAAGUCCACAUAAUAUAAAAAAAAAGAUGAAUAAUUUUCAGUGUUUAACGCAUCAACAAGUCCUUGCAUCAGCAUGACAUGUUCUUGGUACCCAUGGAGCAGCUGGUCUUCAACAUGUGGACGAAUAACGCGUCAGCGCAUCAGCAAAGCCACUCAAUCCAUCGUUAACCGCCCGAACUGUAACGGUCUGCAAACUUCCUGUCCUAAACCUGAAGUGGAAUCCUCUUAUAUCUCCUGUAUGUACAGCUGUAUAUAA